AUGAUGCAGCUCUAUACCGAAGACACAUACGAAAUCGAGGGCGAGACCUUUUUCGGUUACUUGCGCGGAGGCUACACUCAACAGGAACUAAUCGCCAUGGAUGAUUACGCCUAUGCCCUUGGUAUCGAGCUAGUCCCCUGUAUCCAGACAUUGGGCCAUUUGGGACAGAUGCUGCAGUGGCCUAAAUACCACGUCUACCGCGAUACCAACGAGGUACUGUUGGCCAACUGGGACGAGACCUAUAAUCUCAUCGAAAAGAUGAUUACUACUAUCAGCUCGCCUCUGCGGUCCAAGCGAAUUCAUAUCGGAUUAGAUGAAGCCGGUGGUGUUGGCGAAGGCCGGUAUAGACAGAUUUUUGGUUACGAAGAUCCGACACGCGUCUUCCUGAACCAUGUUAAGCGCGUGCAGGACAUUUGUAAAAAAUUAGAUCUACAGCCCAUGAUCUGGUCCGAUACGAACAAGAACAACAGUUUGGCAGGAUACUAUGACGGUGGUACGCCUCAGUUGGCAGAUACUCUUCCUCCAGAUAUCGAUCUUGUCUAUUGGGACUAUUACCACACGGCCAGCCAGUCAUAUGCAGCCAAGAUUGAACAGCAUCGCGAGCUCGGGUGUGCAGACCCAUGGGUCGCGACUGCAGCUUGGACAUGGAACCGGUUCUGGUGCGCACUCCCGUUCACGUUUGCGACCAUUCAGGCAUCGUGUCAGGCAGCGAAGCGAAGAGAUCAUGGUGUCAAGAAUAUGAUGAUCACCAUCUGGGGAGACGAGGGCCAUGAAUGCGACAUGUUCUCGGCUCUGCCGGCCAUGCACUAUUUUGCGGAUCAUGGGUACACACUAGAGGACGAGAUUGACCUCAAUCGGUUAAAGAAUUGCUUUGAGGGCGUUUGUGGGGCCAACUUUGAUGAUUGGGUCUAUGCAAGCAAGGUUAUGGAUUCAGACAUGCCUUCGACAUUAAAAACGCAUUUUGCUCCCAACACGAGCAAGUAUCUGUUGUGGGAAGACCCUUUCCUGGCACAUAUUUCCCCGCAAUAUGCUAAUAUGAAUCUCGAGACACACUAUACAGAGGUGUCUCAGAGGCUUGCCAAGGCGAUCGAAUUCAAGGAAGAGUAUCCCCAAAACGCGCGUCUACGCAUGGCUUACCUUGUGGCUACGGUCCUGAGCCUCAAGUGUCAUCUGCACUCGCGCAUGGUCCUGGCCUACCAACUCGGUCGUCGCCAGGACCUGUACGAGCUGACGGAGGGUCGACUUGUGGAUCUCCAGGUAGCGGUGGAUCAGCUCUGGAAGUAUCAUCGCUCAUUAUGGCACAAGACCAACAAACCCUUUGGGUGGGAGGUCGUAGAGAUGCGCUAUGGUGGGCUCCGCACGCGUCUCAUGACCAUGAGAGACCGGAUUCUGGAGUACAUUGAGGCCUCGGAGAGUUGGCAGCAGCAGCAACAACAGCAGCAGCAGGCGGCCGUCGACCCAGGCUCUGCAUCCGUAGGCAGUCAGAACGGAUUUAAUGGAUACAUGCAACGACGCGAUAGUAUUGCCGAGGGCGACGAUCCGCGUCCGUGUAUACCAGAGUUUGAGACCAUUCGCGAGCCCAUGUACGAGUAUGCGGGAUGUAACCUGCUGAUGGACUAUGCCAGAGUCUCAACUCCCACACGUCCUGGUUAA